CUAGAUCUCGGCUCCGGAAAGAUACAGCGGCGACAGUGCUUCGACAUCCAUCACGAGAACCUAAUCACACUAGUAACUGUAGGAGUAGGGUCCUGGCGGUUUCAAUUGCUUCCGUUCACGCCAGCAAUCGGGGAAAAAAAAAAAAGAAAAAGAAAGGCAAAAACUAAUUGAAAACAAGGGAAAGCAAAUGACAAUAUAAUGGAAGCAUGAAAAAACACCCUCCCCUCUCCCUCCUUUCCCAAACAAAACAUGUCUUGUGAUGUUAUCAUCAUCGGAUAACCCAAACCUCCAUAAUAUACUUCCUGCCCUUAAAUUUACCCUCCACUUCACCUCUUAAACCCCAAAAUCAAAUUCUCAAAAUUUUACAUGCAAAAACAAACAAAAAUACACCAUGAAAGCUUCAAGCAGUCCCUUCUUCUUCUUCUUCUUCUUCUUCCUCCUCAUCAUCCUCCUCCUAGCAUUGCAUUGCUCGUCCCCUGUCCUCUCAGCCUCUCUUCCGCUGCAGCUCAUCUCCCUGCUCUCCAUCAAGUCUGCUCUCACGGACCCUCACUCAACCUUCCGCGACUGGGAGCCAUUGCCUGCCUUCUCCAAGCCCAGUUUAGAGAAUCCAGAAUGGUGCUCCUGGUCUGGUGUCAAGUGUGAUCCGGCGACCGCCCUGAUCACAUCCCUCAACCUCUCCCACCGCAACCUCUCGGGAAGCAUCCCGCCCGAGAUUCGUUUCCUGACGGGCCUCCAGCACCUCAACCUCAGCAACAACUCCUUCAGCGGACCCCUCCAAGGAGCAAUGUUCGAGCUUACGAAUCUCCGAACCAUCGACAUGAACCACAACUCAUUCAUCUCCACAUUCCCUCCCGGAGUUUCCAAGCUCAAGCUGCUCAGGGUCUUCAACGCGUACAGCAACAACUUCACCGGUUCACUCCCAAAGGAAUUCUCCGAGCUCCAGCACCUCCAGUACCUCAACCUGGGCGGCAGCUUCUUCGGGGGUGAGAUCCCUGCGGAAUACGGCAAUUUUUUGAGAUUGAAAUCUCUGUACUUGAAUGGGAAUAACUUGACGGGCCCCAUUCCGCCCCAGUUAGGCCAGUUGACACAACUCCAGCACCUCGAGAUUGGGUACAAUCGAUAUUCCGGCGGAAUUCCAAGUGAGCUCGGGGCCUUAGAGAACCUCAGAUACCUGGACAUAGUGAUGGGCAACCUCUCGGGCCCAAUCCCACCGGAGUUUGGGAACUUGACCAAGUUGGAAACGCUCCUCGUCUACCAGAACAGCAUCUCAGGACCGAUACCUUCAAGUUUUGGAAGCUUGGUAGCUCUUCAGACUGCUGAUCUAUCGAUGAAUCAAAUCUCAGGACCACUACCAGAGGAGUUAGGUUCAUUGAACGAACUCACCUUAUUGAAUUUAAUGUUCAACAAUCUCACUGGCGAAAUCCCGGAAUCAAUCUCAGAGAUGAAAAGCCUUGCCAUUCUUCAGCUCUGGGAGAACUCUCUUACCGGGAAUUUGCCAGCCAGGCUUGGCUCAAACGGGAAGCUGUCAAAACUCGACGUAUCCUCGAACUUGCUCACGGGAUCGGUCCCACCAAAUCUCUGCGUUGGAAACAAGCUGGAGAAGCUGAUCCUGUUCUCCAACAAAUUCACAGGCGAGCUUCCACGCUCUCUCACCGGCUGCACGUCCCUUUACCGGCUUCGGGCACAAAACAACAUGCUCAGCGGCUCGAUUCCUCGCAGGCUCGCAUCGUUGCCGAGCUUAACCUACAUGGACUUGAGCCAGAACAACCUCACCGGCCCGAUCCCCGAUGAUCUUGGCACUGCUCCGGCCCUGCAGUAUUUAAACAUAUCCCACAAUUCGUUUCAAUGCAAACUGCCUGGCAACUUGUGGAGUGCACCGAGUCUCCAGAUCUUCUCUGCAGCCUCCUCGAACAUUAUCGGGCAAAUUCCAGAUUUCGCCGCGUGUCGCAGCAUUUAUGUAAUGGAGUUGGGCGGGAAUUCGUUCAAUGGAACGGUCCCGUCGAGCAUUUCCCGUUGCCAGAGGCUCGUCUGCAUGAACAUAAGCGGGAAUUUGCUCACAGGGAAUAUCCCAGCAGAGAUAUCGGAACUCCCUGAGAUCGCCGACAUCGACCUGUCGUACAACUCUCUCUCUGGCACGAUCCCUCCGAGUUUUGACAAUUGUGACACUCUGCGUGGAUUUAAUGUGUCGUUUAAUCUGCUCACUGGACCUAUCCCUUCUGCCAGUGAGGUCUUCAGGCAUUUCCAACCGUCUUCAUUUCUUGGAAACGAAGGCCUCUGUGGGGCCCCGCUGGGUAAGCUGUGUGAGGCUGCUGACUCUGCCAGAGACCAAAGGCCAAGGCGAACCACUGGGGCGAUAGUGUGGAUAGUGGCGGCUGCCUUCGCAGUGGGCCUGUUCGUUCUAAUCGCAGGAAGCAGGUAUCUCCAUGUGAAUUAUAGGAAUCGAUUUAAUAUGAAUGAAGCACAGGGGCCUGGCCCCUGGAAAUUGAUUGCAUUCCAGAGGCUGAACUUCACGGUUGAUGAGCUCCUCGAGUGUCUGUCGAUCAGCGAGAAGGUCAUCGGGAUGGGGUCCUCAGGGACGGUCUACCGGGCUGAGAUACCCGGUGGCGAUGCCAUUGCUGUGAAGAAGCUGGGGGGAAAGCAGAAGGAUCACAUCAGACGGAGGAGAGGCGUUCUAGCUGAAGUCGAUGUGUUAGGAAAUGUUAAGCAUAGGAACAUAGUGAGACUAUUGGGAUGCUGCAGCAACAGAGAGUGCACAAUGCUGCUGUACGAGUACAUGCCAAAUGGGAACCUCGACGACCUAUUGCAUGGUAAGAACAAGGCAGAGAAUUUGAUGGCCGACUGGCUCACAAGGUACAAGAUCGCGCUCGGGGUGGCCCAAGGCAUCUGUUACCUCCAUCAUGACUGCAACCCAGCAAUUGUGCACCGUGACGUCAAGCCAAGCAACAUAUUGCUGGAUGCCGAGAUGGAGGCUAGGGUGGCAGAUUUCGGGGUAGCAAAGCUAAUACAGGGCAACGAAUCUAUGUCUGUGAUCGCCGGUUCUUACGGCUAUAUAGCGCCUGAAUAUGCUUAUACACUUCGAGUUGACGAAAAGAGCGACAUAUAUAGCUAUGGCGUGGUGUUAAUGGAAAUGUUGAGCGGUAGACGGUCAGUGGAUGCAGAGUUCGGUGAGGGGAACAGCAUAGUUGAGUGGAUCAGGUCCAAGAUCAAGUUGAAGAACGGGGUUGAUGAUAUCCUGGACAAGAAUGCCGGAUCUUCAUGCCUGUCAGUUAAGGAAGAAAUGAUACAGAUGCUUAAGAUUGCUCUGCUCUGCACGAGUGCAAACCCGGCAGACCGACCUUCGAUGAGGGAUGUGGUGUUGAUGCUCCAGGAAGUGAGGCCCGAUAGGAAGCUGGCAGGAAUUUUGCCCGGUGAGGGAGGGCAUGCUCAGAAGCCAGGGAUGGGCUAUUAGUGGGACUGAUAUUGUAGAUUUAGUAAAGUGGUGAUUAUCAAAAUUAAGAAAAACCUAGUAAAGAAUGGGGGAUUGGUAUAGCCAUAUAUGGGAGAAUAAUCGUCAUUUUCUAACUUUUAGUUCAUCAGCAAAUGCACCUAAUUAAAAGUCUUCAGUCUUGUUCACCCAAAAAAAAGAAAAGGGUCUUCAACCUUGGAAAUAUAUAGAUUUGGAGUUCUAGAGGAGAAAAAAAAA